GUCGCGCGGCCCGGCGCUGAAGAUGGCGGAGGGCGGCGGCGGCGCGGCCCCCCCCUCCUCCUCCUCUUCCUCCUCCUCCUCCUUGAAGGGGCUGCGGGAGCAGAUGGUUGCUGCGGCCCAAGCCAUAGCAGAAGAAAGAAGAAGCCAAAGUGGUAUUAGCCCUGUUGCAGUCCAGACCUCAAUAAACAUAAAGACAGCAACUAAACCAGUGAUAGAUGGUUCCACUCUAAGAACAGAAGAAAGACAAAGACUAGCCAGAGAGCGGAGGGAAGAACGGGAAAAGCAAAAUGCUGCCAAAGAGACACAAAUCCUUGAAAAAGAAAGAAAAGCAAAACUUCAGUAUGAAAAACAACUGGAAGAAAGGCAGAGAAAGCUAAAAGAACAGAAGCAGAAGGAGGAACAACGGAGGGCAGCAGUAGAAGAAAAGAGAAAACAAAAAAUAGAGGAGGAAAAGGAGCGAUAUGAAGCAGUUGUGCACCGUACCUUGGAACGAAGUCAGCGGCUGGAAACGCGGCAGAAGAGAUGGUCAUGGGGAGGGUCUGUCACUCCAGAUUCAGAAGGCAAAACAGAACCGCAGGUUGCAGAUGAAGGUGGAACUGGCGCCAGCAAGCGGUCCACCUCCACAGCAAACCUCAAACAAACAGAAGCUGUUGUGAAUAAACGUUUGUCAUCAUCUGCAGCACUUCUAAACACUUCUGAUCGAAGUACGACAAAGAGAAGUGCCUCAUUAAACAGACUGAAUAAUAAAGUUCCUCUGCAUUCUCAGCAGUCAGCACCCAAAGGGUCACAGGUGGAACAGAAAGGAGGAACAGAAAAGAAGAGGAGCACAUCUUUGAAUAGAAUGAGUAGUAAACCCCCUUCCACUCCUGAACUAGAAAAAGUGAAAAAGGAAGAAAAACCAGCUCGUCGCUCCCCGGUCAGUCCUCUGGACAGUAGCGUAAUCAGUCGCCUCCUCGCCCCCACACAGGCCUCCUUAGCUAGGAGUAAAAGUGCUGCUACAUUAUCGGCUGAUGGACAAGAUCCCUCAGAAUCUUACCUCUGUCCUCGUUCAGCUUCAGCCAGUUCCAUCAGUUCCCCAGUCCCAACUCCUAAGGUGCCCGUGCGCAGUCGUAGCAUCGACAGAUUGAAGUCCACUUCAUCUGAUGCAAGUUCACCUGAUUCAACCCAGAAAUUAGAGACAGAAAAAUUGUCCCCAGGUUCUGGGGGAAGACGUCUUCCGUCACCAUCUGUGUCUGCCCGUAGAAGAUCCCCUUCUCCUGCUAAUUUGGUGAAGCGUCCUCCAUCGCCUUCUACAGCUAGACAAAAUCAAAAGACUCGCCCACUUUCACCUAGCAUAUCAAAACAGAGGCCACCAUCUCCUACUCCAGUCUCCAAGCCAGUACCCAUCCAACGCCCACCUCUCACGCCAAGUGUUAUAAACUUUACCAAAAAGAAAACUGAAGCAGAGAGCAAACCAAAGGAUAAGAGCACAGAAGGAGCAGAACAGGAACAAGGUGCUUCACCAGCCUCGGACAGGGAUGCAGUAGCAACUAGCACAAAGACCAAAGAAGAAUCAGGUAGCAAAACUGUAGCAGGGACCACUACAGCUGAAGAAGCUGCUAAAAUCUUGGCAGAGAAACGACGUCUAGCGCGGGAGCAAAGAGAACGUGAAGACCAAGAAAGAAUUCAGAGACAGGAAGAGGAAAGAGUCAGAGAAGAAGAAAUGGCCAAGAGAGCAACUGAAGAAAAAGCACGACGGGAAGAGGAGCUCCACAGACUGGAGGAAGAAAAAAGGCUGGCUUACGAAGAACAAAAAAGACAAGCUGAAGAGGAGAGGAUUCGCCGUGAACAGGAAGAACAGGAAAAACUUGCAGAGCUUCAACAGCAGAGAGAAGAAGCUGAAGCAAAAGCCCAAGAAGAGGCUGAAAGACAACGUAUGGAAAGAGAGAGAAUUAUGCAGCAAAACAUGCAGGAAAGGCUUGAAAGAAAAAAGAGAAUUGAAGAAAUAAUGAGAAGAACACGAAAAUCGGAUCAAAAUGAAUCAAAGUUGCAGAAUGAAGAGAAGUCUGCCUCCGAGGUCAUUGAGGGAGAGGAUAUUGAAGAGGAGGAAGAGUUGGGUCUUGAGAAGACUGAUCAACCAGGAAAGCUAAAUGGUGUUGACUUACCCCAGAAAGUCAAGCAGGAGGCAGAAGGUUGUUCAGAGAUUGUACAUAGUUUGAUCUCUAAAGAAUGUGAAAAACAAGAUGGGUCAAAAUUGAAGGCCAAUGAAGUAUUUAUGAAUGGAAGUGAUUUGAAAAGUGAUGAGGGGUCUCUGCUUGUUACUGAAAUGAAGGAUUCCAGCCAUCCUGCAAAAGAAAUGGUUGUCGAUGACUCAGUAAAGUUGGGUGUUAAAGAAGCUGAUCAUACAAUUGGACUUAUUCAGAAUCUUAAUGGAAAAUCCAGUUCAUGGACUUUAGAGGAGUUUAUUGACAUUGGAAUACAUUCCAAGUCAACCAAACUGAGUUUGGACAGCAUCCCUGCUGAUAACUGUAAUCAAAACUUGAAUGAUGCUGCUACAAUUACUUCUAGUCCUAAAUUGUCAUUUGAGGAAGAUGGUGCAGUGAAUUCAUUGACCAAACCUUUAGAUGCUUCAUCAGGUAAUGCAAGCUGAUUUCCUCCUUUAUCACCUCCUCUGGCUAGAUAAUUCAUUUUCUUGCAAUUUACUCUCCUUGCCUUGUCUUCAAUUUCUUAUUUUCAAGGCACUUUUCCCAGUGUAUAGGGUGGAAAGAAAGCUUUUCCUUUAGUGCUUGUAACUUACAUUCUGUCAAAAGGUGUCAUCAACUGCUGCUUUUCUAGGGACUUACUUUAUACUGUGGCUAAAGCCCAACAUUAAGGCUUUUCCAAAGACGCAGCUGAACCCUGUGAAGCUCCUGUAGCUCUCACCAGCAGUCAAGCCUAUCUCUUGUAUUUUAGGCUUCUUCUGAAAUGUCUUAAAUGGCACAUGUUACUUUUGAAGAUACUAACAGUUUAAAAGGUGUCUGAUGUAACUCUUCAGAGAUGAGCCCUGGCUGCAUUCCCCCUUCCACUCCUAGACAUGUUCCGUAACUUUUUAAUGCUGAGCUGUGUUGCCUUAGGAGGUUUCUUCAGGCUCUGGCAGGAUAUUAGCUGUCUUCUGUACUUAUUCUAGAAUAGUCUUUCACUUGACUGAAGGGUGUAACACCAUCCUUAAAUUACACAAAGACAGUUUUGUUGCAUUUUGGGAGGGUUAAUAGAGCUACAGAAACAGUACUCUGAAUUUUCUGAAAGAAGCUGGGCUGUCUCUGAAGCCACUUAUAUUUGAGAGCCCAGACGCUGAUGCAGUACAGUGCAGUGUGUCAGAGGGGUUUCCGUAAGCUAGUUUAUGUAAGACUAAAGGUCUCCGGUGUUGGAACUAAACCCGAAAUGGACCUUCUCACAGCAGGAGAUCUCUGUCAAUGAGAUAAAUGACUGCGUGAACAGUUGAAAUGAAUGGUAGUGAGAAACCAAGACUUGCAAUCCACAUUUCUUUCAAAUGAUGUGUAGCACUUUUUUUGAUUAAAGUGUAGCACUUUUCUAGACUGAA